AUGGCAACACGUUUGACUGAAGAAGGCAUCCAGACAUUCGCAUAUCAUGCCGGUUUGGGCAAUAAGGUGCGAGAUGAUAUUCAGGAAAAGUGGAUGACGAAUGUUGUGCCCGUCAUAGCUGCAACAAUCUCUUUCGGAAUGGGGAUUGAUAAAGCUGAUGUUAGACUAGUUGUUCAUUGGACAUGUUCGCAGAAUUUGGCGGCUUAUUAUCAGGAAUCGGGACGUGCUGGGCGUGAUGGCAAGCGAAGUUACUGUCGCAUCUAUUACAAUCGAGAUGACCGGCAGCUACUUAGCUAUCUUGUCAACCAGGAUAUUUUUAAAAUAAAAGCUAAAAAUCGAGAAAAAAAGACGACUGAUGAGCAAGUGAAAGCCGUCCAGCAUGGUUUCGAAAAAAUGAUCGAAUUUUGCGAAAAAGCCCAGUGCGUCCUACUUUUUUUCGUAAUUCAAAUACGCUAUCCAGUAAUACGUUUCAGAUGUCGACACGUAGCUUUUGGUCGUUUCUUUGGUGAUGAUGAUUUACGGCCAUGUGGAAACAGUUGCGAUUACUGCAAAAAUCCAAAGGCUUGCGAGCAAUCAAUAUCGCGUUUUAAUGCGGAAGCUUGGCGAGAUGUGGGCUCAUCACGAUUUCGAAAGCGACGCCUGGAUGACGACGGCGAUGGAUUCUUGUACGAAGGUGGUCGAGCAGGAGCAAAAGAAUACGAUGCUGACGAAUGUAGCAGUGGAAAAGCUGUGUUGGAAAGUGAGGAGAAACGGCGUCGCGCCGAAAUUGUGCAACAAGAAUUUGCGAAACGCAGAAAGGUGAGAUUAUCUUGA